GCGCCCCGUUUCUCCGCGGCCCCCGCUCUCCGCCCCCUUCCCGCUCGCACUUCCCACGCCCCCUCUUCGCGUUCCUCUCCUCCCCUGGCCGCCCAGCCCAGGGCUCCAGCCGCUCCGGAGGAGGCGUGAAUCGCCCAGGAAUAUUGACUAAUUUGGGGUGGGGUGGGGGGACAGUGGGCGAUGGAGCAGCCCGAGGACAUGGCGUCUCUCAGCGAGUUCGACUCCUUGGCGGGCAGCAUCCCGGCUACCAAGGUGGAGAUCACCGUGUCGUGCAGGAACCUCUUGGACAAAGACAUGUUUUCCAAGUCUGAUCCACUGUGUGUCAUGUACACUCAAGGAAUGGAGAACAAGCAAUGGCGGGAGUUUGGACGCACUGAGGUCAUUGAUAACACACUCAACCCAGACUUUGUGCGCAAGUUCAUUGUGGAUUACUUCUUUGAGGAGAAGCAGAACCUCCGUUUUGACCUAUACGAUGUGGACUCCAAGAGCCCGGAUUUAUCUAAACACGAUUUCCUGGGCCAGGCCUUCUGCACCCUUGGAGAGAUCGUGGGGUCCUCUGGGAGCCGCCUGGAGAAGCCCCUCACGAUAGGAGCAUUCAGCCUCAACUCCCGGACAGGCAAACCUGUGCCAGCUGUGUCUAACGGAAGUGGUCUUUGGAUGGAAAGCUUCAGAACCACUGGUCCGGAAGCUUCCGGUGGUGUCCCAGGGAAGAAGUGUGGCUCCAUCAUCCUGUCUGCAGAGGAGCUGAGCAACUGUAGGGAUGUCGCCACAAUGCAGUUCUGUGCCAAUAAGUUGGACAAGAAAGAUUUCUUCGGGAAAUCCGACCCCUUCUUGGUGUUCUACAGGAGCAACGAGGAUGGAACGUUCACCAUCUGUCACAAGACCGAGGUCAUGAAGAACACCCUCAACCCAGUGUGGCAAACCUUCUCCAUCCCGGUGAGGGCCCUGUGCAAUGGGGACUAUGACAGGACCAUCAAGGUGGAGGUUUACGACUGGGAUCGUGAUGGCAGCCACGACUUCAUUGGGGAGUUCACCACCAGCUACCGAGAGCUGGCGCGGGGCCAGAGUCAGUUCAACAUCUACGAGGUGAUAAACCCAAAAAAGAAAAUGAAGAAAAAGAAAUAUGUGAAUUCUGGCACGGUCACACUGCUUUCCUUUGCGGUAGAGUCAGAGAGUACCUUUCUGGACUACAUCAAAGGAGGGACACAGAUCAACUUCACCGUGGCCAUUGACUUCACUGCCUCCAAUGGGAACCCCUCGCAGUCCACGUCCCUGCACUAUAUGAGCCCCUACCAGCUGAACGCCUAUGCGCUGGCGCUGACCGCCGUCGGGGAGAUCAUCCAGCAUUACGACAGCGACAAGAUGUUCCCUGCCCUGGGCUUCGGGGCCAAGCUGCCCCCUGACGGCAGGGUGUCACAUGAGUUCCCACUGAACGGCAACCAGGAGAACCCCUCAUGCUGUGGCAUCGAUGGCAUCCUGGAGGCCUACCACAGCAGCCUGCGCACGGUGCAGCUCUACGGCCCCACAAACUUCGCCCCUGUAGUCACCCACGUAGCCAGGAAUGCUGCCACCGUGCAGGACGGCUCCCAGUAUUCUGUUCUGCUCAUCAUCACUGAUGGCGUCAUCUCUGACAUGGCGCAGACGAAGGAGGCCAUCGUCAAUGCUGCCAAACUCCCAAUGUCCAUCAUCAUUGUUGGCGUGGGCCAGGCUGAGUUCGAUGCCAUGGUGGAGCUGGACGGGGAUGACGUGCGGAUCUCCUCCCGGGGGAAACUGGCUGAACGGGACAUCGUCCAGUUCGUGCCCUUCCGGGACUACGUGGACCGUACCGGCAACCACGUGUUGAGCAUGGCCCGCCUGGCCCGGGAUGUGCUGGCCGAGAUCCCCGACCAGCUGGUGUCCUACAUGAAGGCACAGGGCAUCCGCCCACGCCCACCACCCGCCGCACCUGCUCAGUCACCCCCACAGUCCCCCGCCCACUCACCUCCUGAGUCCCCCCUCCACACGCAUAUCUGAAACUCGCAGGACCAGGGGCCUGGAGGCUGAGACCUCCUCACUUUCCUUGUGGUCGCCUUCCCAGACUCUUCUUGGAGGGCUGGCAGGAGAUGGGGUGUCCAUGGCCUCACCCCACCUCCUGGCCUCAAUUUCCCACCCAAAUCCAGGGAACUGGGGGUGGUAUAGAAGACAAGGGGUACAUAAGAUUCUGCGGUUGAGUAGACUCCCCUAGCCUGUGUUGGAUAACCCCAGACUCCCCUAUUCUUGCAGUCCAACUGGCCUCCUCCAGCUCCCCUCCCCUCUUGCCAUAGUGUCUAGUGUCCCCAGUCCCUUGAGAUCCCCUGUCCUGUGUCCAGGGAACCCCAGGCUGAUGGGCUACCAGGGAUGUGUGACUGACUUUCUUAGGGACACCACUUGUAAGCAGAGCCUGUGAGCCAUCAGGGACUGUGAUGGGGGCAUGUUUGCAGAGAGUCAGUCCCUUGGCAGUCCUCAAAGGCUCGGUGGUAUGCUAGAAUGUUCUAGAUGCACAUUUGCAGCCUCACUGGAGCUAUCACAGGUAGCUUGUGGCAUUAAGAUGUCUCCUGCUCACCUGGGAGGCCACUCACCUGCAGGGCAUAGGGUCAGCACCUGCACUCUCUGUCUUGCUUCCUCUCUGCCCUUCAGUGGCUCUGGGGCCAGAGACAGGAGCCCUGAGCACCAGCCUGACCCCACCCAGCGCAGCCUCUGCUCUCUGGACCUCAGUGUCCACGCCUCCGUGACGACAGGAUUGGUCAGGUGUUCCAGCGUUUCCUGAGCCAUCCUGAGGGUCCAUUCCAUUCCACACCCAGCCUCCCCAUCCCCUCCUCAUGACCGCCGUCCACACCCAGGUUAUCUAGACUCUGGGGUUACCCCGUUGCAUCCUGUCUCCCACACCCCAGCCCUUCAGAGCUCCUGCCCUUGCCGUGGGAAGGUGGCAAGGAACUUUCCACCUAAGGUUACCCCACUGGCUACCAUCCUUUGUCCACUGGGGCAGGUCUUGCAUGUGUCCCUUGUGCCGCAUGGAGUCCCCGCCCACCAUCUCCCAUCCCACCCGCCUCUGUCAUGCAUGAUGAUGGUGGUGUUUCUGCUGUCUGGUCCUGUGCCUGUCUGAGACCGUCUCUGUGGAAAUUGCCUUAAACUGAAGUAAACUGGUUCUUUUAGUAGGA